AUGAACAUUGAAUACAACGAGGAGCAUUACCGUGGGGUGGAUGAGUACUGGCGAAAAGUGGCUGAAUCCGAUGGUUUCGACAUCGAGGGUAUCAAAGGGCCACUAGGUAUGAUUGGACUCAUGACCUUCGAGUGCGAAGGUCUAGACUCUUAUACGUAUGCCUAUCCUUCUUUGGUCCACGGUUAUGCUAAGAUGGGACUUCACCUGUACAAUAUGCUUAAGGGAACUAACUUGGAGUUCCAUUCCCUGAUGAAAUUUAACAUGCUACAGAAUCUUGUGUCAUCAUAUUUCAUAACAUUGGAAGCCUAUGACCCACUCGGCCAACUUUUGCCGUUUCAAGUUCAUGCUGAAGAAAACCUUUAUUGCAGUUUGGAUUUUACAGUUUUCAUUGCUAGGCCUAAAAGAACUCGAGGAGCAGCGACCACCAGUCAGCCCAUAUCUCUGCAUGGGAGAGGAGUAAUUGCGGAUGGAUUGCCUGAUUGGCCCUCAGAGGAUAUCAUUAGUGAUAGACAACGAUUUUUCGAGCUGGAGGAACAUGUGGUGAGGAACACUAGUUGGAUUCAAACGUAUCUUGAACUCACAGUUUAUACAAAGGAUAGGUUUAUUCCAAGGGAGGAUCUGUACAAGUUAAAGAUUGUGAAAGUGGUGAUGGAAACAGGUAAUGCAGAUGUAGAGCCGCCGAAUCAAAGACUCAACGCCAAAAAUGAAACUUUCUACAUAACGUUAAAGGGCUUGGCCAUUCGUGGGACUGGUGAGCAUGUUGAACGCAAAGCGAUCGUUAGAAGAGUCGUCAAUGGGUGGGCAGUACACUUGUCUCUGAAGGGUGAGUUGUGCAGCAGAGAAGAAGAUUUGGUGAAGAUUAUGAGUUGGGAAGAAAAACAUAGGCGAAGCUUAGAAACGGGUUCAUGGAGUUCAUCGACAUGUCCGAAUCCGUAA